GACCUGGUGGUUUCAGGGUGUCAGGAGGCAGAUCUGAGGGAGCGCAGAGCAGAGCGAACUUCACAUCCAGGACCCAGACUUCUCCCUCACCUGCCCACGGGGAGCCCUGUAUAUUCCCAUCCUUUUUUUUUUUUUCUUCCUCCGUGGAUUGCCGCGCAGCCCGCUGUCCUCCAGGAUGGAGCGUGUGUGGGAUUGUGCCUCCUCCGCAGGGAUGUUUACGCUUGGGGUGCUCUCUGUGCUGUGGCCGGCGCCAAACCGCGUUUGGAGUUUUAACCUUCACGCAGAGCAUCCCACGGUUUACAGCGGGCCCGACGGGAGUUAUUUUGGAUAUUCCGUGGACUUCUACCAAGCAAGCGCCGAGAGGAACACGAUUAGUGUGCUGGUGGGGGCUCCUAAAGCGAACACCUCUCAGCCGGGCAUCGUGGAAGCUGGAGCCGUCUAUUACUGCCCCUGGCCGGGGCAGCCCGAUAGCUGCAAACAGAUUCCCUUUGAUAACUCAAAUAACAGAAUGAUUAAAGUAAACGGCACCAGAGAGCCUCUAGAGUUUAAGUCCCACCAAUGGUUUGGUGCAUCAGUCAGGACGCACAAAGGAAAAGUGGUGGCCUGCGCACCUCUCUACCACUGGCGGACAGUGAAGAGAGUUGGGGAGAAGGACCCCGUGGGAACCUGCUACGUUGCCGUCCAGAACUUCAGCGCUUAUGCAGAGUAUUCACCCUGCAGAACCAAUGAUCCAGACCCAGAGGGGCAGGGAUUCUGCCAGGCUGGUUUCAGUGUGGACUUCACCAAGGAAGGACGGCUGGUUCUGGGAGGACCUGGAAGCUUUUACUGGCAAGGUCAGGUGAUGACAGCGGGGAUAGCAGAGAUACUGAACGGCUACUCUUUAAAGGCGGUGCUGAGACAAGUUCCAGGGGAGAAACAAACCGGAGCUACUGAGGACAAAAAUGACGACAGCUACCUCGGUUACUCUGUAGCAGUGGGGGAGUUUACAGGCGACUCGGAGCAAGAGCUGAUAGCUGGAGUCCCGAGAGGAGCACAAAACUUCGGAUAUGUGGCGAUGAUCAACUCCUCUAAUCUCACCUUCAUCCAGAACUUCACAGGGGAACAGAUGGCGUCUUAUUUUGGUUACUCAGUGGCUGUCACCGACUUGAACGGAGACGACACGGAUGAUAUCCUGGUAGGAGCACCCCUCUACAUGGAGAGGGAGGUGGAGAGCAAACCCAGAGAGGUGGGAAGGGUGUAUCUGUAUCUGCAGCUGGCUCCGCUCAAGUUUUCGGAACCCAUCGUGCUCAGUGGUACCUACACUUUCGGACGUUUUGGGACCGCUAUAGCACCGCUGGGAGACGUCAACCAGGAUGGAUAUAAUGACGUGGCAGUGGGCUGUCCGUUCGGAGGCGAGGACCGCGGCGGCAGAGUAUUGAUCUUCAACGGUAACAGAGACGUAUCCACACGAGGCCUGACACUGAGCCAGGAGCUGCGAGCGGCCAGGAGGCGCAGCGGCAGUUUGCCUGGAUAUGGCUUCACUCUGAGAGGAGGCCAAGACCUGGACAGCAACGAGUAUCCUGAUCUGAUCGUCGGGGCAUUUGGCACAGGAGAAGUCUCGGUCUACAGGUCUCGAGCUGUCGUGUCCGUGGAAGCUACGAUGACCCUGACGCCCAGAAUCCUGAAUCCGGAUGACCGACAGUGUCUCCUGCCACAGACUACUAACAUGGUUACCUGCUUCAAGGUGGAUGUGUGUGCAGCAGUGAGUGGUGUGGGGAUUCCCAGCACUGUAGGUCUAAAAGCGGAGCUGCAGCUGGAUUGGCUAAAAGGCACCAGGGGUGGGGUAAAGAGAGUCCUCUUCUUGGACACCAAGCAGCCUCAGCGGUCAGGGCUCCUCAGCCUCGGUCAAAGCCGCCCACGGGCGUGUCUGAGCUACACGAUUUACCUGAAGGAGGAGGACGAGUUCAGGGACAAACUGACCCCCAUUGCACUGGCCCUGAACUACAGCCUCGCGCCGCCUUCUCCUGGCCAGUCUCUCCCGCCUAUUCUCAACAAGUACAGCAGCACCUUCCUCCAGGAACACGCUUACAUCCUCUUGGACUGCGGUGAUGACAACGUAUGCAUCCCCGACCUGCAGCUCUCUGCCGGCAUGGAUCGCUCUGAGUUGGUGAUUGGAGACGACAAUCUGGUCAUGCUGACCAUCACCGCAGCCAACCGGGGGGAGGGGGCCUAUGAGACCGAGCUGUACACGCUGCUACCACCAGAGGCCGACUACAUCGGAGUGGAGCGCAGGGUGGAGUCUCUCUCUCAGCUAAACUGCGAGUACAAGACAAUCAACGAGUCCAGAAUGGUGGUUUGCGACCUCGGGAACCCGAUGGUGACGGGAACGGAGCUGUCCGUUGGUUUGAGGUUCUCGGUCCAAAGGUUGGAGGACUCCGGACCGAACGUCAGCUUUGAGCUACAGAUCCGCAGCUCCAACAAGGACAGCUCUGAAAGCAACCUGGUCAGUUUGAACCUGACCAUCGCUGCCAGCGCUCAGCUGGAUUUGCGCGGAGUGUCUCAUCCCUCUCAGGUGGUGCUGCCUUUCCCAAAUUGGGAACCCAAAGAGAAACCUGUUAAAGAGGACGACGUUGGUCCACAAGUAACGCACAUCUAUGAGCUCCAUAACUCUGGUCCCAGCAGUAUUGGGCGGGCUGAGCUUCAGGUCGGCUGGCCUGCCCGCUUCCGUGAUGAGAACCUGCUGUACGCCAUGGAGAUUCAAACCGAUGGUCCAAUUAGCUGCCGGACAAACACCAGCCUCAACCCACAUGGCCUCCAGAUCUCUUCCCUGCAGGACACACCAGAACUGUUGGGGUUCCUGAGGAACAUCACAGAUCCUCCUCGCCGCCGCAAGAGAUCUGUCAGCACAGCUGACAGUUACAGCAGUAAGACCUUGAACUGCACCAACAUCUCCUGUCUGAGGAUUAUGUGCGUCGUUGGUCGGUUGGAUCGAGGCCAGAGCGCCGUCGUUAAGAUCAGAUCAAGGCUUUGGGCACAUACGUUUUUACAGCGGCGUAACGACCCCUACAUUCUCAACUCGACGGUGUCCUUCACGGUCAUAUCCGUGCCUUAUCGUAUCCAGCCCUCCACACUGCCUCAACACAGGACCUCGAUGGGAACCCUUGUGUUAUGGGAGACUCCUGACGUGUCGUUCGCUGUUCCUCUCUGGGUCAUCGUCCUGGCCAUAUUGCUAGGCCUCUUGGUACUGGCAAUGCUGACAUUAGCUAUGUGGAAGUGCGGCUUCUUCGACCGAGCACGGCCGCCGGUGGAUGACGACGUCUCUGACCAGGAGAAGCUAACGUCUGAUCAAAACGGGGAUGCCUGAGGAAGAUGAAUGACAGCACUUGGUUGAAAGUUUGUGGUUUAGGAGGAAAGCACGCCUUCUGAAUGACCUAAAUCAGAUCUGGGAUCUGCAAUAGCUGGAAGCUUCAUUCCCUCGAUACGGAAGUCUUCUACCUUUUUUUUGUUUUGUUUUAAAGAAACUGACUGAAAGCAAAAACUGCAGCGCCACAAACUCUGGCACCAGAACAACUGAGGUCAAAGCACACAAAAUGGGACAAAACACACACGUCAGGCUAAAUUACCCACACAUGUCCAUUGUUUAUACAUUGCAAUGAAGCACCACAACCAAAGGCCGAGUGGAUUAUGUUGAGAGGACAAUACUAUAAGGGUUUCUUGUUUUUGUGCAGCACAAAGAGAACUGAGGUCUAUGCACAAGUGCUUUUAAUAAGUUUUGAUGCGAGUGUGUGUGUGAAUGCCUGCAAAUCUGUGUGCAAGACGUGAAUGAGUCUAUAAUCCUUCACAGGAUUUCAUUUCUCCCUGUUUCAUUCAGUCCAGGCUAAAUACCAUACAGUUCACAUUUACAUUCACUAAACACACUACCACACGCAUAAGGUAAAAAAGGGCACAGAGUCAAAUUGUAUAUUUAUAAAUGUAUGUGCAAUAUUUGGGCGUUGUGUGAUGCUGAAGCUUGUUGUUACACUGGCACUACUUUUUAGAGCUUCAUGUCUUCAUUGUAUGUGUAUAUACUGUAAGAUUGGUUGGUUGUUGUGUUAGAAAACUAUUAUUUCUGAAAGCAACAUGAUGAAACUGUUACAAAAUAAAUAACUUAUUGUCUUGUUGCAGCUCUGUGGGUUUAUGUGCAGGAACAGGCCCCCUCUUUACAGCUGAUGCUUUGCACUGCUUUGUUUGCAGUCAUGAAGGGUAAUUUUUUUCUUAAUAAGAUAAGUAAUUAUGAACAACUUGUAGCCAUCAGACACCAGUUUACGCUUUUGAUGGUUUAUAGAAAGGCAGUAAGAAAUAAUGUGGACAUCAGCAAUGCUGUAAUUUAAAAAUAAAAUUUCAAGGUUUUAA